GUAAACAUAGCUGGCCAGAAAGAGAAGCAAAGAGACAUGGAUCAUGUAAGCAGUAAUAGGAGAAAAACCAUGGUUCGACUACACAAGGCUGAGGUGAUGAUUGCUGGAGAGCAACUCAGGUUGAGGCUCCACGAUUGCAAGCUCGUUAAGGAACGGCGAUACCAUUUGCGCACGUACCCCAACUGCUUUGUGGCCCAAGAGCUCACAGACUGGCUUGUGGUUCACAAGGAGGCACCGGAUCGUGCCACAGCAAUCUGUCUCAUGCAGCAUCUUAUGGACCAUGACAUUGUUCACCAUGUGUGUGACAAGCGACCUGUGUUCAAGGAUGCAAAACUUCUCUACCGUUUCCGCAAAGAUGACGGCACCUUUCCCUUCAAUAAAGAAGUGAAGGUCUUUAUGCUGGGACAAAGAUUGUAUGAACACCUUAUUGUAGCUAAGGACUCGGUCUUGCAGCAGAGAGAGAAGCACGGUGUUAUAUAUCAGCGCUGCUUUCCUGGCUGCCAUCUGAUUGACUGGCUCCUUCAGAAUGCUGAAGUGGAAAGCCGGAAACAAGGAGUGGAACUGUGCCGAGCUUUGCAAGAACAUGGCAUUUUCCAACAUGUGUUAAAGAAACACAACUUUUUCGACAGUGGAUUACUCUAUCAGUUCAGCAUCAACUUCCGCAGGCGCCGGCGCCUGUCGGAACUGUUACAUGACAAUGAGCAAGACAAUGAAGAAGGGCCUUCUGUGCCCACAUUAGAGGACGUUCAGCCCGACAGUCCGUUUGUCCUGCAUAAAACACCCCAAGAAGACUACACCGGUUUCAAUUCUGGUAAUGAUGGGAAACAGGUUAUUUCCGGGCCCCGAGGGAGCUUGAGUGGGCUUCAGUUUCUUGCCUCUGGAUUUUGUCCCUUUGUCAAUCUCUCCACGACCCCACCAGGGAGAUAUAAUCCACAAUCAGUGCUGAGAAGAAACUUGACCUGUGAAGAGUUAUUGUCACCUGGCGCACCAUUCAGUAAAAGAGUGUUAACGGUGAUUGGGGAUGCAUUGGGCUGGGGCUUUGUUGUCAGAGGCAUGGCCCCCUGUUAUGUCCAGGCUGUCGACCCUGGGAGUCCAGCAGCAGCAGGUGGAGUUAAGAUUCGACAGUUUAUCUGUCAGGUGAAUGGAGAGUGUGUACUCAACCUGGAUUAUCGGACGGUAUCUCGGCUAGUGAUGACAGGACCACGUACUGUUGUGUUGGAAGUUAUGGAGCCCCUGGAGUGAAAACAUCUGCAAUAAAUAUUCAAUGUUUUUAUCUACCAUUUAGAUAGCUGGACGCAAACCCUUAAUUGUACUACUCUUCAACGUGAGCAAAAGGCCUAUGUUACUGUUUCAAUUCAAAACGCAAUCAAUCAUAUUUAGACACUUUUAUGUAUUUUUAUUCAAUGGCGUACUUCAAAUGUAUGAAUACAAUUAAUUAUUUGAUUGAUUAAAUGCAUGGUCAUUUACUGUCUGGCAUGAAAUGUUAUAUUAUUUUCAAGAUACACAAUAAAUCCGUCUGGUUGCAACU